UGGUAUAUACAUUUAUUUCAUUGCGUAGCGUUGUUUAUCUCGAUAUGGUCAUGGUUUACAGAAUCCCAAUUGUACGAUCUGUGCAGGGACCCGUCCGGAUGACGAUGGAUGAUCAUAAAAUCGUGGCGUGGUCGAGAGAGCAAGUAUCUCGGUUUGAACUCGGCCUUAAACAGUACUUACUUGGUAGAUUAUGUACUUGGUGGUCUUGAAAGGAUGCUAACUGUCCUUGGACUGGCGUUGUUCUUGCGAGUGGUAUAAGCCACGUUGGAGAGGUUUAAUGGAUUGACUUUUUGAUUCAAUCACAUCCGAUGUGAUGUCGAGUAUUUCUACUUCAGAGAACUUCUUAGUCUUAGAUGCACAUUUUCGCAUUUUGGGUAAGCGGAUAUAUGUUGAGUUGAAGACGGUAACAUGGGACCUUCCGCGUUUGGAAGAUAUGUUUUUCAUCUUACACCUGACGUAUACCACCGAAACAGUAAUCGUAUGAACACUCCAGAUGUGGCUUGAAAGAGAUGUCCGGUACAAGCACAGCUGGUCAGUCAAUCAAUGCAUCGAUUAAAAAGUUGAAUGAUUCGAGUACGAAAUUUGUUGUUAUGCAGUGCGGGUCCAAAAAUGUCGACAGUAUAUAUUUCGAACGAACUGGUACCGUACCACUCGGCAGUCGGCGAUCGGCAGUCGGCGAUCGGCAGUCGGCGAUCGGCAGUCGGCAGUCGGCACUCGGCGCUCGGCAGUCGGCACUCUUGGCAGAACCCCUCGCCAAACUCAAGGCUCUCAAAGAAGAAUGGAACGCCGCCUCUGGAAAGGACUGGGAUGCGGAGGUAAAGGCUGCUGAGAAGGAGAAAAAGGAUGCCGAAAAGGCUGCCAAGAAAGAUGCACAGGAUAACGGACCCAAGAAACCCGUCGAUCCCGAAAAACUAGCCGCCAAAAACAAAGCCAAAGCAGAAAAAUUGGCCAAGUUUGAGGCUAAAAAGAAGGCUCUGGCUGAAGCGGCUGCGAAGAAACAGGCGGCAGGAGGAGGCGCUAAAAAGAAGGAGAAGAAAGAGAAGGUGGAAGUCAAGUUUACCAAUACCACUGCUAGUGGUGACUAUAAAGAUCUGGAGAGUUCUGACUUUGCCUCAUACCACCCGAACGCUGUCGAGACUGCGUGGUACUCUUGGUGGGAGAAAGAGGGUCUAUUCAAGCCUGAGAAACCGGGAGAGACGGAAGUACGCGACAACCCUAAGGGAGUGUUCAUGAUGGCCAUCCCACCCCCCAAUGUCACGGGAACGCUGCACCUGGGACACGCCCUGACCAAUGCCAUUGAAGACACACUGACGCGAUGGCAGCGCAUGCGCGGCAAGACGGUACUCUGGAACCCUGGAUGUGAUCACGCAGGUAUCGCUACACAGGUUGUUGUUGAGAAGAAGGUGUGGAGAGAGGAACAGAAGACGCGCCACGACUUGGGCCGAGAAGAGUUCCUCAAACGUGUUUGGGAGUGGAAGGAAGUCAAUGGCGACCUGAUCUAUAACCAAUUGCGUGGCCUGGGUGCCAGUGUUGACUGGGAUCGUGCGGUAUUUACUAUGGACGAGAAAUGUAUGGUGGCUGUGACUGAGGCGUUCGUGCAACUGUACGACAAGAAGAAGAUCUUUCGUGACUCACGCCUGGUGAAUUGGAGUUCACAGUUGAACUCGGCUAUUUCGGACUUGGAGGUCGAUCACAAAGAACUCACUGGGCGUACCAUGAUGACCGUUGUUGGACACGGGGACAAAGAGUACGAGUUUGGAGUCCUUACCUCGUUCGCGUAUCAGUUUGAGAACCCAGAGGACGGAGAGAUAGUUGUGGCUACCACCCGUUUGGAGACUAUGUUGGCUGACACAGCUGUGGCGGUUCAUCCCGAGGAUCCCAAAUACGCCCACGCCCACGGAAAGCACCUGAUUCACCCGUUUUCGGGACGCAAAAUCCCGAUUAUCACAGAUACCUACGUCGAAAUCGGGUUUGGUUCAGGCGCUGUUAAAAUCACUCCGGGGCACGACCCCAACGAUUACGACAUGGGCAAGCGCCACGACCUGCCCAUUCUGAACAUGCUGAACGACGAUGGUACUGUCAAUGGCCUCGUUAAGGAAUUCGAGGGUAUGAAACGUUUUGAUGCUCGUGAUGCGGUCCUGGCUGCUUUGGAGGCAAAGGGUCUUUUCCGUGGCAAGACGCCCAACGCAAUGGUCAUCCCCAUUUGCAGUCGUACUAAGGACAUAGUUGAGCCUAUGGUUAAGCCACAGUGGUUCGUCGACUGCACCUCAAUGAACAAGCGAGCACUGGACGCCGUGCAGAACGGAGACCUUAGACUGGUCCCAGAUCAGCACGAGAAAACGUGGUAUCACUGGCUGGGUAAUGAUCGCCCGUGGUGUGUGUCUCGUCAGCUGUGGUGGGGCCAUCGCAUUCCUGCGUACUACUGCGAAGUCAAAGGCAAGCAGUCUGAUGCUGCCGACAGUGAAUGCUGGGUGGUUGGACGCUCCGAGGAGGAGGCGCUCAAGCGUGCCGUUGCUAAGUUUGGCGUAAGCGCUGGUGAUAUCACACUGCACCAAGACCCUGAUGUCUUGGACACCUGGUUCUCCAGUGGACUGUUCCCCUUCUCCAUCUUUGGGUGGCCUGAGAAGACGGCUGACCUGGCCCGAUUCUACCCUGGAACACUUCUCGAAACCGGGCACGAUAUCCUGUUCUUCUGGGUGGCUCGAAUGGUGAUGCUGUCCUUGGAGCUCAACGAUGUGUUGCCGUUCAGUGAUGUGUACCUACAUGCCCUCAUCAGAGAUGCACACGGCAGGAAAAUGAGCAAGAGCCUGGGCAAUGUGCUGGAUCCACUAGACGUUAUCCACGGCAUCACGCUCAAGGCAAUGAACGACAAACUCGCUAACGGCAAUCUGGACCCCAAAGAAGUGCAGAAAGCCACCGAAGGCCAGUCCAAAGACUUUCCCGACGGUAUCCCCGAGUGUGGCACAGAUGCACUACGCAUGGCGCUUGCGUCUUACACACUACCAGGAAAGGAUGUUAAUCUGGACAUCCAGCGUGUGGUAGGCUACCGCUUUUUCUGUAAUAAGCUCUGGAAUGCGCUGCGAUACGCGCGUACACUUCUGGGCGACGAUUUUGUGCCCAAACCCAGAGAACAGGCACCAACCGAUGCCUAUGGACCCAUGGACGUGUGGAUUCUAUCGCGUCUGUCGCAUUGUGUGAAGACUAUGAAUGAGUCGUUUGAGGCGUAUGCCUUCCCCGCAGCCACACAGGCUAUCUCCGGGUUCUGGCAGUACGAGUUCUGUGAUGUGUACCUGGAAUGCUCCAAGAGUAUCAUGAACGGCACCGAUCAGGAACGCAUUGCCAUCUGCCGCGAAGUGUUCUACACAUGCCUGGAUGUGGGGCUCAGACUACUGCACCCCAUCAUGUGCUUCUUGACUGAGGAACUGUACCAACGCUUACCCAGGCGUGCAGGGAGCGAGGGGCACCGAAGUAUCAUGGUAGCAGAAUACCCUGAAGAGGCUCUCUACGUCAACGAACAGGCGGAGCAAGAGUGGGCCACCGCAUUCGAGGUGGUUAGGAAUGUGCGCUCUCUAAAGGCCGAGUACCUGAACGACAAGGCAAAGCCCGAAGUGAUAAUCAAUGUCAAAUCGGAGGCCAUUCGACAGCUUAUGGACAAGUACAUCAGAGCCAUCCAGACACUCACCCUAGCAACCACCAUCAGUAUAUCUGUGGAUUCGCCACCCCCUCAAGAUAAGGGAUGUGUUGUAGCUAUCGUCAACGACACUACCGAGGCCUAUGUUGGGGUCAAGGGUCUUAUCGACCCCGCGAAAGAGGUUCAAAAGAACGAGAAGAAGUUGGCGGAAACGCAAGCCUUCCUCGAAAAGGCAAAAGCCCCGACACUUAAAGAAGACUAUGAACAGAAGGUUCCCGAAGCCGUUCGAGCCACACAUACGAAAAAGAUCUCUCAAUUGGAGGGUGAGAUUGACAAACUAGGAGCCGCGAUCGAUAUGUACAAAGCCAUGCUCUGAUAUGCUAGAAGUGGACAACCGUCAGACUAUAUAACUAGCGGAUGCACACCGUGCAUUUGUUAAGUACUAUACCACUGCGGGCUUUCCGUAUCUGUGGAUUGUAUGACAAUAAGUGACAAAUAAAUAGGUAUACUUAGUAUCAUCGACUCCGUACAGUUCUUGUUUAUACCUCCAAUACGACAAGAGUCCAGAGUUUCGGGGCGCGCACAGUACUUUGCACAUUCCUAAUAUAUAUAAAUACUUAAUAAAUUCCGCUUGUAAAUAGGCC